AUGCCUCGAGCUCCUCCUCCAUUCAUGGUGGUGCUAUCCGCUGUUGCACUUUUCGUAUGGUAUGUCGUAUACACGAGUGGACACGAACGUGAUGUUUCGGCCUUGUCCCAUGCCAACAGGUUCAACAUCGGCCAGGGUCGCAUCCAGGACCCAAGACCUCCUGUCGCAUCCUCUGAACCCGUCCAUGGGGACCACAUCAUGGGCAGGCUGGGGAAUGAGACACUGAAGGCGGACUUAGGAAGAGCUGCAUGGAAAGUCCUCCACACGACGAUGGCUAGAUUUCCUGACAAGCCGACUGCAGACGAGAGCGCAGCCUUGAAUCAAUACCUUCACCUCUUCGCCAGGCUCUACCCCUGCGGCGAAUGCGCCGAGCAUUUCCAGAAGGUCCUAAAGAAAUACCCUCCGCAAACAUCAUCCCGCUCCAGUGCAGCUGCAUGGGCCUGUUUUGUUCACAACAUCGUCAACGAGCGGAAAGGAAAGCCAAUCUUCGACUGUGCCAACAUUGGAGACUUUUACGACUGCGGGUGUGCCGAUGAAGAGAAGGAGGCCAUCUCCGCGCCAGGGGCUAAGAGCACCAAUAUAGCUCAAGGGUUACCAUUAACACAUCACGAACCGGUGGAAAUAGAAAAGGAAGGGCCUACAAAAGGUGGUUGA